AUCGUGUGUGCCCCUUUCCACUUUUGCUUUUAAAUUGGUCGCAGAACUCCUCCAACUCAGGCCUCACUGGAGUUGAUGGAUUUUGCCUUAUGGUGACUUAUAUUUCCAAGGAUGUGAUGUGAUCUCAUAUGUGCUCUUGUGUCAGUUUCGAUGGGUUGAUGAUGGACGUAUGAGAAUAUCCGGGAGAAUAUUUACAGUCCGAAUUUCGAUCACGUCCGCAUUAGGUCGUGACGCAUCUUGAUGCAGUUCUUGAACUCAUUAUCUUCCUCCUCCUUCGCAUGCAUAACUUUUUUCGCUGCCAGGUGGGGUUCAGUGAGAAUGAUUAUCGUAUUUUGUCUUCCUUACGACUUCCUUGAUUUCAGGAUGGACCAGCAAUCCUGAGUGUGACCGUCGCCGUCCGACCAUUUUGAAGGAGCUCAGGAGAAAACGUCUUCGCAUUGUUGCCAGACGUGCGAUCUAGACGCCCAUUCAUAUUCUUCAAUCUCUGGGUACAGGAUUUGAUAUGCUUGUAUCGAUGAUGAUACUGCACAGGCUGUCUACCUAACCUAAUUUCACGUUGACGAGAUUUUUUACGGUUUUCCGUAAGAAGUUCUUGCCUAUACCAUCAGAACUAUUGAUGCUGCUGUGCCCUACGGAAAUUGGGUCGACGUAAUCGAUCCACCGUAAGGUCAUCACUGCCUUCGAAGCCAGACGAUUCGCCUGACACCAGUCCACAAUGCAUAGACUUCAGUCCAUGCUAGAUGAAAUCGAGAAGCUGGAUGGAUUGGCCCCGAGGGUCAAUAGUCCUCAACCUCCGCUAGUUUUGAACGAAUUUACUAGCGUCGAAGCCGUCAUUUCAAAUAUGGAAUUGGAGCUGGAUGAUUUGGAUCCCGAAGGAGAAUCGUCUCCAGAAAGAAAGUUUAUCCGACGACACCUGGAACAACUUAUAAAGGUGGCAAGUGCAACAGAAACGAAGAUCAGAGACUUGCAGGACGAGGUGAAAGAGAAGAGUGAAAUCAUCCACCUACUGCAGGAGACAGUAAAUAACAUGCGGGAGAAGAAGCCUAAAACAAAGGGCUCGACACAGAGGAGUUGUUCUCCUGCACAGAGUACCUCGUCGAGAAAGAGGGCAGUUCCUGCAGCCGGUUCGUCCGAAUGCAGCAGAUGUAAGGGGAAUGUUCAAGAAGCAGAAGAUGCAGUGAGCUGCAUAGAACCCUUCGCCAAUAAGGUCUUCGAAGUCACGAGACAGAAGGUCAUCAAUAAAAAUAAUUAUUCUUUCCAAAUGCCGCCUGAACCUGGACCUUGGAGAACGGCGACGGACAGAUCACAGGGCAUCUGGGAUCGAGAGAUAAUAGAAAAGUUGGAAGACCAUGUCAAACUUUCAAAGGAAGUGGAAAUUCUCAGGAGAAAGCUUGAAGAAUACAAGCAAGUGUUGUCUACUAGUGAGUAUCAACGAGGCAGUGCUCAGGCCACCGUACAAAACCUGAAAGAGGAGGUGAAAAGAUGUCGAGAAGCUCUGGAGCAAAAGGACAGACUCCGCAAGAAGAAGAAGGCCAAACCCUCUCUUCGCAAAAGUGGGAAAAAACAAAUGGCGCAACUGAUUAUCAAGGUGUGCAAAUUGGAGAACGUGGACACAGCAGCUUCGAAUUCAAUUAUAACUCAAAGCAGUGAUCCUCCUGUCAGCAUGAUACUUUCUAGCUGAGAUAUUCCAGUGGCCCAGACACACGAUCCAAGACACGCAAACCAAGUCAAAAAAAUUUAGACUCACAAUCAUAAUCUCUGAUUUUUUGUUUUUGCUAUAAUACUGCUUAAUUUUUCCCCUUUUGCACAUUUACUGAAACUUCGCACACAUCCAGUGUCGUAGGGGUUCGGUCUUAUGACUCACUA